UUUUUAUUCUCUGUUUGCUUGUGCAUUGCUUCAACUAUAAAUAUUUUUUAAUUAAAUUUUGGUUACACAUACUCCAACAACACAGCCUUUUAAUAAACCAAGACAAAGUACAACCCAGAGACAAAACAGCGACGCGCGUGUACCUUGUAGAUAUUUACACCGGACCUCUAUUUUUCUUCUUCUUACACGCACAUACACAUCAAGGUCUAUACCAAGGAGCCAGAACCAAAAAAACACAGUCGACAAUGGGCCAACCCAGACGCGGAAAGAACAUCAGCAUGGUUAAAAAGGACAAGAACAAAAAGAAGGCAGCGGCCCCCGUUGAAUACACCCUCGACGAGCUACUGACAAAGACACAGGAGCUCAUGGAUGAUAACAACUACGAGGCAGCGCUCCAAUCUGUAGCCAAGGCAAUCGAACUCGACGAGUGCAACACACAGGCCCUGCUCCUAGCAGCAAUCAUCCAACUGGAAUCCGGCGAAAUGGACCCGGCGCUCAACUGCCUCAUGCGCUGUGUGGAGAUCUCCCCCGACCGCGGCUUUGAAAAGUACAUGUACCUGGGUCAGUUUGCCAUCGAGCUCGAGGCCGUUAAAUACUUCCAACUCGGCGUCGACGCAAUGCAACGGGAUUUGAACGAGUUGCCCGGAAAUUCCGAACAGUCCAUUAUUUUGAGACGAAAGAUGGCCGAGGCCUACGUUGCCAUGACCGAGAUCUACCUGACCGACUGCUGCUUUGAGGAGGACGCCGAACAGAAGUGCGAGCAGCUUUUGCAGCAGGGUGUUGCGAUCGAUCCCGAGUGUCCCGAGGUUUACCAGACAAUGGCGUCAGUGCGUCUCAGCCAGGAUCGCCAGGAAGACGCCCGCGAGUGUGUAACCAAGAGCAUGUCGCUGUGGGCCGACAAGGACCUCAACGACCCCACGCAGAUUCCCUCUUAUGAGAACCGCCUGGCUCUCGUGCGCUUGCUUCUUGAGCUGGACGACAAGGAGCGCACACUGGCUCUUCUCGAGCGGCUGCAAAAGGAGGACGAUGAGAACAUCGACAUGUGGUAUCUUUAUGGAUGGACAUACUAUCUCCAAAGCGAGGAGCCAUCUGCCGGCGCCGAGGAGAAGGUUGAACUGCUUAGCUCGGCUCGCGAGUGCUUCAAGCAGGCCAUUAAGCUGGCUGCCAUCUUUGAGUUCGAGAAUGACGGUCUGAUCGACCAUGCGCGGGAGCUGGUUGCUACCAUUGACUUGGUUGUGCCAUCAUCGGCCGACGACGAGAACAUUGACAAUGACCAGGAUCCUGUCGCUGGAGCCAACGGUGCGGAGGAGUGGGACGACAUUGUCAGCGAAAACGAGGACGACGACGACGUGGAGAUGGGCGCGUAAACUAUUAUUUUGUGUGACUAAAUUGACGGCU